ACUUCAUGUCCGCCAGUUACAUUUCACUUUAGCGCAGUUUUACGUGAACUGCACCGUCACUGUUCUCAUGUGAGAUGCCGCACUCCGCCGCCGGUGACCGAGCUGCUGUCAGGCAGAUGCUGAGGGAGGUGCUGGCGGGUCGAGAAGACCCGGAGGGCUUCUUCGCGAUGUGUGUGUCCAUCCUGGGGCACCAAGAGACGCGGUCACAGUUUCCGUCCAUCAUCAAGCCGCUGUCUACGGCCAACAUCCGGCUGCACUCCGUCCUCGGUUCCAUCUACCAGGGAUAUUUCUCAAAGUAUUAUUUCAACACAAAUGAGGGAAUAGGUGUAAAGUGUGAAACGGAGGAUGACGACCUGGAGUUUGCUCUGGCUCUUUCUCUUCUGGAAAUGAAGGAUCAGCAGAUAUCAACCCCGAACCAAUUGCCCCCUCACCUUGGAGUCGGAGGCAAUGCAAGCAGUGUUGCACUCAACUCAAAUGCAAAAUCUCAAGUAAAUAGUAGCACCCAACAAGAAGAUGCGCCUGGCAGAGAAAAGAGUGCCUUUGUGGCGCAGUCAAUGUCCGGCAGUAAGGAAAACUUCAGAGAGAACCAAAUUUAUAAAAGUACACAUGUUGAAGGUGUUGAUGACAAAUCACUUGGAACAAGCCAGGCUCUUUAUGUUCCAGAUUCCUCUACUUCAUUUUCUAUUCCAAACACAGCAUCCGUAAGUGGCCAAGUUAUGAAGGAGGGAGAUUUGAAUCUAACAAAGAAACCGAAAUGUUCUAAAAAUAGGCGGCAACGGCGAAAAGCAGCUGCCCAGCAGAUUGUAGGUUUAACCCGUUCUCCAUCAGCGCCACCACCUGUUUUACUUUGGUUCAGGAGAGACCUUAGACUCUGUGAUAAUCCUGCUCUUAUCAGAUGUCUUGAGUUGGGUGCACCUGUCAUUCCUGUCUUUAUUUGGAGUCCUGAGGAGGAGGAGGGUCCAGGGGUCACCCUUGCUAUGGGGGGAGCUUGUAAAUACUGGCUUCAUCAGGCUUUGUCUUGCUUUUGUGCCUCCCUGGAGCGGAUUGGCAGCCAUCUCAUCUUUAUCAAAGCCAGUGCAGAUGGGAACAAAGACGGAUCUUCACUGCAUGCGCUGAAAACAUUAGUAAAGGAAACCGGGGCACAAACUGUAAUGGCUAAUGCUUUGUACGAACCGUGGCUGAAGGAGAGGGAUGAUGUGGUCUUUUCAGCCCUGCACAAAGAAGGAGUUGAAUGUAAAAUGUUCCACUCGUACUGUCUCAGAGAUCCGUUUUCUGUCAGCACAGAGGGCGUGGGGCUCAGAGGCAUCGGUUCAGUGUCUCAUUUCAUGAACUGCUGCAGACAAAACCCAGGAGCUUCUCUAGGUGUUCCUCUGGACCCACCAGUGUCUCUUCCUUCACCUACCUGCUGGCCACCAGGUGUCCCAUUGGACAUGCUUGGUCUCGCACGCAUGCCACGCAGGAAGGAUGGCACAAUUAUUGACUGGGCUGAAAACAUUCGCAAGUCCUGGGACUUUAGUGAAGAUGGAGCACACGCCCAACUGGAAGCUUUUCUUCAUGAUGGUGUGUAUAGAUAUGAAAAAGAGUCAGGCAGGGCAGAUGCUCCGAACACCAGCUGUCUGUCUCCCUACCUGCACUUCGGUCAGCUCAGUCCACGCUGGCUGCUAUGGGAUGCCAAAGGAGCCAGGUGUCGACCCCCAAAGUUCCAACGGAAGCUGGCCUGGAGGGAUUUGGCUUACUGGCAGCUAACACUGUUUCCUGAUCUGCCCUGGGAAUCACUCAGACCUCCCUACAAGGCUUUACGUUGGAGCACUGAUUGCCGCCACCUAAAGGCUUGGCAGAAAGGUAAAACUGGCUACCCUCUAGUUGAUGCAGCCAUGAGGCAGCUGUGGCUGACAGGCUGGAUGAACAACUACAUGCGACAUGUAGUGGCAUCUUUUCUCAUUGCCUAUCUUCAUAUGCCUUGGCAAGAAGGCUAUCGCUGGUUCCAGGACACCCUCGUGGAUGCAGAUGUUGCUAUCGAUGCUAUGAUGUGGCAGAAUGGUGGUAUGUGUGGCCUGGAUCACUGGAACUUUGUGAUGCACCCAGUUGAUGCAGCAAUGACCUGUGACCCGUACGGCAGCUAUGUCAGGAAAUGGUGUCCUGAGCUUGCAGCUUUGCCAGACGAGCUCAUACACAAACCCUGGAAAUGUCCUGCAUCUAUUCUGCGGCGAGCAGGUGUGGUGUUUGGCCAGACGUAUCCUGAACGAAUAGUUACCAAUCUAGAGGAGCAGAGGAGCAAAUCUCUACAAGAUGUAGCUCUGGUGCGCAAGCAGUUCCAACAGUAUGUUGACAAGCGCUCAGGCUGUGAUUUGGUGCCUUUGCCCAAACGCCUUCUGUCUGAGGCUCUAGGUGUGUCUCAAAGGGACGGGGCUGUGGUGUCGGAGGGGAAACAGUUCCUGCUGCCUGUCAUCACCCGCAUGGAAUUCAAACACCAGCUGGAAGACCCGGACGCAGAUGCUGCCUCAAACCCUUAUAACGCAGUGCUGAAAGGAUAUGUGAGCCGUAAGAGGGACGAGACCAUAGCGUUCCUAAAUGAGACGGACUUUACAGCCAGUGUGAUGUACGAGGGGGCACAGAGACAGGAGAGACUGGAGAGGGAUUACCGCAGAAUGGAGGGACUCCCUCCGGCUCCGUCAAACCGGGGAAGGGCCAGAAGGACUCCAACAGCCAAGGACAAGUUCUCUAUUGUCCCCGGUGGUGUCAUCGCUUCAAGGAACUGAACCAGAGAAGAAACAUGAAAUACUUCCAGGAUCGAAGUUAGAAAAUUGUACUGUUAAAAAUGUGCAAGUUUAGAAAUGUACUUCUCUUGGUUGGGUUUUAAAACAUUGCUGGUGUAUUUUCUAAAGCUGUCUCCACACGCAGCUUCCAUCCCUCUACAUGCACACUACAAUGUUGGUUGAGAUUGCAGUUGACUUAUUGUACUGCAAAUUUCUGUAUUCAAAGAAAAAAAAAGUCUUUGAAAACUUUUUCACAUUUUUCUACAUUAGAACCACAAGGUACUGCAGUGGGAUUUUAUAUAACACAUCAGUAUAAUGCAGUGCGCAACUAUGAAAUCGAAGGAAAUUGAUGCAUACUCCUUUGAUUUGGAAAUGUAAUCUUAUUCUUCUUUGUAAAGUAGUUACAAUGAAGAGAAUCUGUGACAAAUUUUCUGAGGUCCAAUUUUCAGGUUGCCACAGAUUUUUAGUUGGAUUUAGGUUUGAACUUUGACAGGGCCAUUCAGACGUGUAUAUUCUUUGAUUUAAUCUGUUCCACUGCAUCUUUUGCUGUUUUUAGGGUUGUUCUAUUUUUAGCUUCCCAUAGCUUUUCUUCCUGGAAAACAGUGAUUGCCUUUGGCUCCAUUCACUUUCCCAUCAACUCUUAACCAGUUUCCAUAUUCCUGCAUCCGCAAAAUGAAGCCACCACUGUCAUCCACCCUGAGGAUGGGAUGUUCAGGGUGAUGUCCAAUAUUAAUUUUCAGCCAUGCAUAAUGUACAUAUUGACCAGAUAGUCCAGUUUCGGUGUCAUCUUCUUCCACCUGCUGUCUGCUCUUUGUCUUGUCACUCUUCUUUGGAAGGUACAACUAUUUUCCCAACUGACUUAUGGAUCUCUGCUGCUCCAUCAACGUUAAUAAGAGCUUCUUUGUUGCUUCCCUGUUUAAUAGAGAUUUUACCUGGCCAGUCAGUUCAGGGGGACGGAGAUGUCUUGAAAGGUUUGAUGAUGUGUCAGUGUGAACAAUGCUCUGUAAAAUAUCGAAAUCCUUUAAAGUCUUCCACAUUGUCCUUAAGUAUUCCAAUUUGAUAUUGGCCUUUAUGAUGCUGUUAUUUCUCUAACAAACCUCUUAGACCUUCUCAGAACAACUAUUUAUACCAAGAUUGAACACAAAUGGACUCCAUUUAGCAUUUACACAACUAUUGAAGGGACAUCGAAUUUCAUCUGGAAGCUCCCAAAAAAAAAUUAAAAUGUGUAUCAUUUUAGUGCCACAGAAAGUACCUGCUACUUUGUGUGAAUUAUUCACACAAAAAUAUGAUUGAAUAUUGAGAACUUGUUUCCUACCUCCAUUGGUAUAAAAGCUGCAUAUUUUUCAAUCAAAAAUUCACUAAGCUAUUAUAUAAAUUCACAUACUUCUACCAUAGUCCCUGUUAACCAACAGAUGCAUCUCUUCCUAAUGUGGCGUUAAAGCCUGAGCAGUUUAUUCCGUUGUCAAAUCAAUUAUUAAAGCCAAAGCUGCCGUGUUUCUCCACCCAUCAUCUGCUGCCGGGGCCUGCUGGUUGAGGUGGUUAUCAUUUUCCUGUCUUGUUGCAUUUUGGAUCAAGUAUUUUGUAUGUCUUAUGUGAUGCUGGAAGCUGGUUGUUUCUCUGUAUGACUUGGUGCAGCCACAACAACAACCAAAGAUGUACAAACUGUAAACCGAUUUUGCUUUUAAUAUACCGUCUGAAAGUUCGGAAAUAAAAUUCACACAAACUCAA